GUUACCUCCCUUAGAUUUUGUAACUUUUUUCUUACUUUUGAUUGUUUUGUAAUGGAAAAUGAUAAAUAUACGAAGGAUGGCUUCGACUUCUAGUAUACAGACAGCUUUGAAAACAGUAAAUGCAAAUAUCCAGAAUCAAAUAUCAAAGAAAACAGAGACUGUUGAUGGCGUAUUUCCAGUUGGUGCUCAAAAUGUGAGACUUGUUGCAGUUACAAAAACCAAACCAGUAGAAGACAUUAUUACAGCAUACGAAUGUGGUCAGAGACAUUUUGGUGAAAAUUAUAUCAUUGAACUUGAAGAAAAAACAAAACACCCAAGAAUCCAAGCCAUUUGCAGAGAAAUUAAAUGGCAUUUCAUUGGGCAUGUACAAACCAAUAAAGCUAAAAAUCUAGCAGCCAUUCCAAACCUUUAUAUGUGUGAAACUGUUCACUCUGAGAAGCUAGCAAAGAAGUUAAACAAAGAAUUAGAAAAAGCAGGAAAAACUGAAAAGUUAAAAGUACUUGUUCAAGUCAACACAAGUAGAGAAGAAAAUAAGAAUGGUGUAUCAACAUCAAAGGUUUCUGAUCUAGUCAAUCUUAUCCGUACCAAAUGUACUGAGUUAGAGUUCAAAGGAUUAAUGACCAUUGGUUCAUUUGACCACAGUUUAGCCGAUGGUGUCAACCCAGAUUUCGUUAAAUUAUUAAAAUGUAGAGAUGACGUUUGUAGAAGAUGUAACCUAAAGGUAGAGGAUAUAGAACUCAGUAUGGGGAUGUCAAAUGACUAUGAACAUGCUAUUGAGCUAGGCAGUACCAAUGUCAGAGUAGGGAGUACAAUAUUUGGAGCCAGAGAUCCUCCUAAACAGUCACAGAACCAGGAAGUAAUACAAGAAAAAGAGGAAGAAAGCCAACAACAUCAGGAAAACAAUGAUUCACAACACAUUACCAAGGCAACAGAUCAAGAGGAGGUUUUAGAGAAUGACACAGCAAGACUUCAGGAACUAGCUAUCUAAAUCAAAUCUAUUUUAUUGAGGAAGAAUUAUUAUAACUAUUUUGAAAGAUUGUUUGAUACGUGUCAUGUUAAACUUAAGAACUGUUAGCAAUAUGCAUAUUGUUUAUUGAGUGAAAUUUACACAAAUAUUUUUCAAUCAUAUGAAUUAAUUUAAUUAGGAGAAAAAUAAGUUUUACACUUCAAGAAAAACUAUUAAGAGUAAAUUAUGAAUACAUUGUAUGAUUUCACCGUUAAGCUUUCAAAAUUAAAUCAUCAAUAUAUCUGUAUAAAUUUUAUAAUCAGAGUGUAUAAGGGGUGGUCUUGCGUGCAUGGGGGAUGGGAGACACUCACAUUAACCAGAUUUAAAAUACAGCAAAUUAUUUUAUCAAUUUGUCAUGCUAUACUCAACAAGCCAAGCUAUCAAAAUUUUGUUUUCUUGGUUUUUUUUACGUAGCUUUUAAAAUGUGACAAAACAAAAAGUAUUUCAUGGAUGUUUUUUUAAGGAUUAAGACAACAAAAAGACAAUACAGGUUAUAUAACAGUUGUUAUGAUUUCUUCAUAAGAGAAAAAAAAAGUAUUUAGCAUAUAAUUAUAUAGGGCAUAUUUUAUUUAAAUUAUAUUUUUACUUUAAAGAAAGUAUUAAUUUAUUUAAUAGAUCUAGUACAUGAAGAGUCAAUAUUAAAAACCAAUAGUUGUAUGAAUGAACUCAAUAAUUGUAUAUACAUGAUAUAGGUUGUCGUUUCUGUUGUACAAUUGAAGUUGUUAUUUCUGCCACAAGUGCUUAGAGCCAAUGAGUGCCAUUUAGAACUCACUACUGUAAAAUAGGCAGGUACUGAUUUUAUAGUGCUAUAUCUAAAAACUUCUAAAUAAAAGUUUAAUUUCAAAUUAUUUUGUUCUACUCUGCAAGUUUAAAUUGGCUCUCAUGAGUAGGAUCAUUAUGUUUUCUUGAAGGAACUAUCAACAAGCAGUAGAAUUUUAAAUACAAGAUGAAAUCAUCUUAUCUGUUGUACAAAGAAAAAACUAGAGAUGUUCUUAAGUAAUACAUGGUUAUAGCUCGACAAGUUAGAUUCAGAUAUACACAUAUCCUGAAAUAUUUCCCAGUCUUCCUAAGAGUUUAAAAGUUUACAGUUGUUAAACAUUUGCACUUAUAUUUUUGAAUUAUAAGUAAUCACCCUUGAGUUGUAAAAGCUCAGAUGCCUAAUUUAGCAAAUCUAUGAUUUCUGAUACUGUAAAUAAAAAAAAUAAACUUUUUUAAACAUUUACAAUUGAAGUGUGGAUUUAAUUUGUUAGUGUGUUAAUAUUUCAAAGUUUGCAGUUAUUUUAACUUUUAAUUUUGUUUACUUAAUAUUUUUAAUUCUAAAAUUUAACCUUAGUCUUUGUCAAGCCUUAAACAGCAGCAGAACAAACAUAGGGGUUUUGUAUAUGUUAGGUUGACAUAUACCUGUAUAUCUUGUCCUCAAUCAAAUUUUGCUUGACUCUCUUUUGAUAAAACCAUGUCAACCAAGUUUUUCCAAUAAUUUAUGACCUGUUUUCACAAUAAGUCUGUACAGGAAAGUAUAACAGUACUCAAAAAGUGUAUUUGAUGAAAGUAAUAUUUAUGUAUGUCCUUGUGAUAUCUGUUACAAAUUCAUCCUCCAAGAUUCAGGUGAAUUUUGUUUUUUGUUAAAACUUUUGGACAAAUCAACUUCAUUUGGUAUGUAAAUUUGUUACAAAUAUUUCUAAUAACCUUCUUCAUAAAAGUUGUAUAACAAAAAGACAGCUGAUAGUUUUAAUGUGAAUUUAUUAAAUAGGAAUAACUGUCCACUUUGCAUGUUAUUUGACCUUAAAUCUAGAAUAUGAGUGUGUUUAAUUAUUUAAAAUUAAAAUAACAGGCUAGACAUUUAAUGUCAAUUUGAAACUGAGUGAUUAAUUUAUUCUUAUGAAUAUGUUUUCUACAUGUUCUUAAUAUUUAAGAUUUACAUUAGGAUUGUGUUUUUGUAUUUUUGUUGAACAAUAAAUCAAUUUUCACAAA